AUGGCCAAAAAGCUCAAUUUUCUCCCCAUCGUUCUUGUUCUAGUUCUUAUUACAUUCUGUUUCUUGGCUCAUGGAAUCGAGGCACACGAGACUGGAACCGACGACAACAAGAUGGAAGGUUCAAAUCCAGAAGGGCCUGGACAUAAGGAUACGGAUAACAAGAUGUCAGGACCAAGUCCCAAAGGGCCAGGACAUGCGGAUAUGGAGGACAAGAAGGAAACUAAUGGCGGAUAUAGGAAAGAAAAAUUAGGAUAUGCCGCUUUUAGUUUAAUUAUAUUAACCGUGUCAAAAUGUAUGCAGGUAUUGGAAUUCUAG